AUGGGUGAAAAUCCCAACGACGUAAGUCCGCAGGUGUGGAAGGAAUGGAUACUGGAGGCGAUACGGCGCAUCCGGUUUCAGAAGCAGCGGCCUAGCAUACAGCGCAUCUGCCAGGCCAUCGGCAGUCAUCACAAGUUCCACGAGGACAUCGUGGCUGAAAAGCUGGAGGAAGCGGUCGAGGCCGGUUCGGUGCUGAAGGUGUACAACAAGGGCUUGCAUUCGUACAAGGCGCCCACCUCGACCCAACGGCGCGUCAUCAACGUCACGAACGACAGCAAUCUGUCCCGGCUGGUGGCAAAAGCGGUCCGGGAUUUGGGCGAGUUCGAUGGGUCGUCACAGAAAUCGAUCGAAAACUAUGUACAACAGACGAACAACCUUCAUAUAGCACCCGAUACCGACUACAAGAGUGUUAUCCGUAGCGCGAUCCGGAUCGCGCUCGGUGAGGAUACGAUCAUGCAGGAAGGUCGGCUGUACAAACCGGGCCCGGUGUUCAAACCGAUCGGGAAGCGCAAAUCAACCUCGCCCAAAAAGCGUGGCAGCAAGCAUUUAGAUCGCUCCGCUGACGGUAACAUUUGUGUGGUGUGCCAGGAAGCGGACGGCAACGCGUCCGAUGAUGAGUGUGAAGCACUCACCAGCUGUAGCAGUUGUGGAGCAGGGCUGCACGACAGCUGCGCGACCGGAAAUGGGCACAGCAGCAGAACGGUAACGCUUUCCCGCUUGUUGGAGAAGGGCAACAUUUGGCACUGUGAAGAGUGCAAGGUGUGCGAUGCAUGUGCGGAUCAGGAUGAUGAUGAGGACAGCGUGAAAGGUGUUUGUUUGCUGGACUGUUGGAGCUGCAAGAAACAUUUUCACCUUUCCUGUCUCAAUCCACCACUGUCGGAGAUGAAAAAAUGCAAAACCGCUUGGAGGUGCUCUGAUUGCUUAAGCCAGUCUAGGGACAGUGAUAGAAAGUCCAGCAUAAUGCCACCAGUGACGGGUGAAAAGAAGCGAAAAAGAUUACUCACUGGCGAUAAAGAUCCAAAGGGGAGUACAGAAGUUAUCAGUCUACCAGUACCUUACAAAAAUCCAUACGAUUCAACCAAUGAAGACGCUAUAGAGAAACAAACACUCCCAGAAGGUGUGACACAGCAGGACGCCGAACUGUACAAGUACGUUCGCGAACAGUCGACCAAGAUUGUCGUUGGGGUAUCGAAGACAACUAGCAAAUAUAACAAUAACAACAGUGAACGUGGUCGACAUUUCUCGCCCGAGCGUCCCAGUCACCAGAGCACGAACAGUAUUCUCCAACAAUCCCCAUCGAAACUGAUGGCAGCGCAGGAUCGUUGUCCGGCGGCGAUAGAGUUCGGGAAGUACGAAAUCGAAACGUGGUAUUCAAGUCCCUUCCCGCAGGAGUACGCCAGGCUGCCGAAGCUGUUUCUGUGUGAAUUCUGCCUAAAGUACACCAAGAGCAAGGCGGUACUGCAACGGCAUCAGGACAAAUGCUCCUGGCGCAAUCCGCCCGGUACGGAGAUCUAUCGCCACGAUGGUGUGUCCGUGUUCGAGGUGGAUGGAAAUGCGAACAAAAUCUACUGUCAGAAUCUGUGCCUGCUGGCGAAACUGUUCCUUGACCACAAAACGCUGUACUACGAUGUGGAACCGUUUCUGUUUUACGUGCUGACGCGCUACGAUCGCAAGGGCUACCACUUGGUGGGGUAUUUCUCGAAGGAAAAACACUGUCAGCAAAAAUAUAACGUUUCGUGCAUUAUGACGAUGCCACAGUAUCAGCGGCAAGGUUACGGCCGAUUUCUGAUCGAUUUCAGCUACCUGCUCAGCCGCGAGGAAGGCCAACCGGGCACGCCCGAGAAACCGCUGUCCGAUCUUGGCCGGGUGUCUUACUAUGCAUACUGGAAAUCGACCGUACUGAACUAUCUGCAUGAUUAUCGAUGUCGUACGGAAGUGGCAGACAGUGCUCGAUCGCGUGUACCUUUCUCGAUACAGCAGAUCUCGCAAGAAACGGGCAUGGUUAUACCGGACAUUGUGCUCGCACUGCAGCUGUUAUCCUUCAUCAAGUACCGCAAGAUCGAUCGGGGUGGUGGCUUUAAGGUGUACCAGCCACUCAUAUGCAUCGAUUGGCGGCUGGUCGAUAAGCAGCAUGAACGCAUGGUACGUUCCAGGGCGCGGCUUGCUAUCGAAAAGGAAUGUCUUCGAUGGACGCCACUGUUUCUGUCUAACACGGCAUCAUUUUCUGAGCUUGAUGGUAGCAACAUUCCAAUGGAUGUGAUUGAAACGGCCGCCGAUAGUGAGCCUACUGCUGGUGCUGCAAGUCUAGUGAAUCCCAUUAGUCCAAAGCCGGAAGACGAAUCGGACCAGGAGAAAGAGCAAUUCAAAUCAUCACGAAAUGUUUCUCUCUCGAAAGGAGAUGGUGCAGCUUCACAACAUCCGUCACAUCGAAAGGGAGAAUCGGGUAGAAGAAAAAAGCGUGGAAGAGAUCCGACACCGCCGACAACGGACACCGUUACGGCACGUGUCCAUAGCGAUUCACCCAUCACGGGUGGUACUCGUAACAAAUCCCAUGCCCUGAAAGUGGAAGAAAACACGGAUGACGAUGAAACUGUGGUUGCUGCCCUAACGUCUCGCAAUAUUGCUACUGGCACCAGUGGUCGAAAGAGAGGUCGGGUGGUGCAGGAGAAAGAAACUACCAAACUGGGAAGUGUAAACACGUUCGAAAGGCUACGCAAACGACGUAGGUUGGACUCGGAAGAGACCGGAGAGGAAAAAACACCCGUUUACAGCAAUCUGUUGAAAGAUUCCUCACCCAUUACGGGUAGGGUUAGUGGUCUCAGAAGAAAGCGUCUAAAUAUGAGGCUUUCUGAUUCCGAGCAGGAAGUGGAUGCAGAACGAACACGACCUGUGAGUGAAUCAAGAGCAAAGCCCAUCAAACAAUCGACACGAGAUGGAGCCACUGUAAACGGUGGUGUGUUCGGUCGCAACAGCAACGUUUCGAAUGCAAGAGAUACAUCGAUCGACGAAACCGAACAAGUCCCGUCGCCGGUAGUCGCUGCACUUGCCAAACGAACAGGUGGCACAGGAAUGCGAAACUCAAAACGGUUGGCCAGUAGUCCGGCUAACGCAAUCGAAAGUGAAGAACAAAUCGAAACGAUACAGGCUGUAGAGAAAACGAAACCGUUUCGAAGCUCCUCAACGGCAGGAUCGGUGAGGCAGAAGCAACAUCACACAGUACCCGAAGUAACGCCCUAUACGUUACCCGCCUCAUCGUCCUCAGCGUCUACUGGGGGAUCGGGUUCGCUUCCAGCCACGAAGAAGGAAGCAACUACAGCAAACGUUAACGCCAUCAGUUCGAAUAGUAAUAAGUUACGCCAUAAAAGUUCCCCUACAACAGGCGCUGGGCGUAGCCAUAAGAAACGGCAGGGCAAGAAGACGAUCGUGCCGGUGGCGGAUGCAAGCGAGGAUUAUUCAUCGGGCGAAGCGGAUGAUGAAAUGGAGGAGGAAACACGCAGCGCACCGUCAACAAUAGCACCAACAGUUGCGAAGAAAUCUCCCACUAAAACCCCCACAACACCCGUUGCCACACUGACCGUGAAUAAUGGUACGAGCACCGCAAUGCCAUUGAAAGUGUCACCACGUUCACCACGCGAUCAUUCGUUGAGUCCGAACGCAAAGUCUCAGAAAAACAACGAUGGUUCAAAGAGUAAGACAAUAAGUGAACGACGUGUGAAGGAGGAAAACAACGCGGAUAGAGCUCUUAAUAGGGCAGCUAAGGGUGCGUCUGAUUCCUUGGCACACACGAAGCCAGCUACCAACGAUAAAAGUGCUUUGCAACCAGUACAGGAAAGUGCUGCAGCAUUGGAAAAAGCGUCAGAAAGUACAAGUACAAGCUCAAGUAAUUUGACUCAAACGGCAGACAAACGGACACAACAUGCGGAUGCUACAAAUGAAGUGGUAGCUUCUGGUUCCAAAGAGGAUACAGUGAAGGAAGAAUCGAGCACUCAGACUAGCCGUUCAUCUGCGGAAGGUAGCUCCGUUAUUAGUAGACCGACCGGGUUGUCGGCGGGUUCCGUAGAACAAGUUAAAGAAAAUGUCGCCAAGACUGAGCAGAAGGAAGGAGUAAUUCUACAGGCACCGUCAUCCGCACCUGUUACUCCGGAGAAGGACAACAGUCGGUCAGUGGCAAACAAAGAAUCCUACGCACGAACUGUUCCGAAAGCAUCCGAGCUAGGGAAAAGUGAUGUGUCCAAGGUAACGUCGCAGAGCAGUAGCGUUAUAAGCGAAGCACCACUCGUGAAUGGGGUAGAGAUCAACGAAAAAAUCUCUGUGAUAACCGAAUCAAAAAACUGUUUACCACCAAGUGACCCAUCGCCGGCCCAGUCGGCAAUGUCGGAUACCGUUGAAUCGUUGAAGGUAACCGACCAAGGACACGGUGCUAAUGCUUCAGGAACGUGUGUGACGCCUGAAAAGAAACCCAUUGGAACGGGCACGGCAACGAUAGUUGAUGGGCAAUCGAAUGGUACGCAGUGUUCCCCCAAGCAAAAGGUUGCAAUCGAUGCUGACAACAGUACAAAUCGAUCAUCCGUAGAUCGUAUUUCAAAUAGCACCAACAAUACGGCCAGUGUGUUGAAGAUAAACGAAAAUUACGAUAAACACCAUCACAACCAGCAGCAGCAUCACUCGGAACCGCUUCGUAACCGGCCGAAAGUAAUAGUGGAUAGUAUCUCGAGCACGGGUGACACGAAAGCGAAGGAAGAUCAACCAACAGAUACUACUAAAGCAACCGAAGUCAUCAGAGCAAGGGAAGAUUCCAACGCGUCCGGUACGGUUAAGGAGUGCAACGUCACAGAAGGUGGAACCGGUGGUACCGGUGGCAAUGAAUCGGGAAUAAUUCAACAAACGUCGGCGAUUGUACCACCAGGGAAUAACAGCACCAGCAACUCUGCUGCACCAACGAUGCAUGAGAUGGCAAUGCACAAGAAAAAGUUCAUGAAAACGAUGGACAACGCCAAUGACACAUCUCAGCAACAGGCCACGAAACCAUUGGCUAUCGCAAACGAAAAAUCGGAUCAAUCAGUAAUCAGGCAGACCGAUGAGGUGCAAAGCAAUGCGAAGAUAGCUAGCGUGACCCAAACUGGGAUUAGCAGCAGCAGUACCAAUGUACCUGUUUCAAUAGCCGCAACGGCCUCCGAUGUAGCGUGCGUGCCCAGUGUGGAUAUUAAGAAGGAAAAGUCACAAACAAAAACUACAAAUAAUGUUGCAUCCUCAUCCUCUUUAACUGUAUCGCCCGUAUCCACGGCAUCGUCGAAGGGUACAAAAAACGAUUCGUUUAAGAUGGCAUCGUCGCAUAGUAGCAGUAUAGGGAAGGGUUCCGACCCUUCCGUCGUAAGCACGGCUACUUCUUGCGCUACCGCGGUUGUAACAAGCGCUGCUGGCACACUGCAGCAUCAAUCGAUGGGCGAAGUUGGCAAGCGAGGCACAACUGAUUCAAAUGCGGCAGUAGGUUAUGGGCCAGAACCGAAGGUGGAAUCGAAACGAGCAAAGGAUAAAUACACUGCCGGAAGCAGUUCGUCCGCUAACAGCACGAAUAUCGUUACCGCUCCAGUAAUAAGCAUGCCAGAAGAAAGUAGCCAAACUGGAGGAAAGACCAGCCGUAGUAACUCAUCUUCGUCCUCGGCAAGUGAACCGCAACCGCAGGUGGGAAAACGUUCCGGUUCUACAUCGUCCACCAGUUCUUCGUCGGGAACUAGUGGCACAAAGGGAGACCAUCCGUCGUCGUCCGCCAGUACAGCGAUGACAUCGGUAGCAACUGUAACUGCAACAUCCAAACGCUCGGAAGCCAGUGCACGCAAAGAAGCGAUGAAGCACAAUGCGGCCAACUCAUACGGUAGUAACCAGAGUGCUAACAGCACCAACAACACCGCAGUCAACAACCAUUGCAAAGUUGUACAGGCGGACAGUCAUCAGCUGCAUCAGCAGCAGCAGCCACAGCAACAUCUACAGCAGCACCCACAGCAACUCUCGCAACAACAUCCUCCUCAACACCAGCAAAAUCCACUUCAGCUUCCGCACCAGCAGCAGCACCAUCAGCAGCAGCAACAAUCGGCACAGCAGCAGUAUCACAUGGGCUCGAAAUCAUCGGCCAACAUGUCGCCCUUGUUAAUGGACGGAACGGGAGUGGCUGGAACUUCGAUGCAAGGCAUGGGUGCUGCCAGUCUGGCGAACAAUAUACCAGUGAGCUCGUCACCGUCCGCAGGAGUGCCUGGGAAUGUGCACAGCGGUAGCAUGAUGAUGUCCGCCGGUCCUGGGAUGGGACCGACAAGUGUUGGUGGCGGUAGCAACACCCUCAUGGGAAUGAACAAUGCAUCGUCCUGCCGUACGGAUAAACAUUCAUCCAAACACUCGAUGCACGAUCCAAAGACGACAAUCGAUUUGAACAAAAUGACGUCCCAGUUCCCCGGUAUCAAUCAGCUACCGAGUUACGCACCAUCCCAGUACUGGCAGCUCGAUCCAUACUACCAAGGCUACAAUUUGACGCAUCUGGAUACGAGCAGCCAAAAGUCGCCGAACAAGUUUCAUCUCGAUCUAGCCACCAGCAUGGCGUACGGAAGCUUUCCUUCUAACUUGUACCCUUCCUUCCAGCAUCAGGAGCAACAGUACCAGCAAGUUGCGCAAGCAACAUCAACACCUGCAUACCAGCCGAAGGAACGUAACAAUGUGAAAUCGGAUCGAAAAGGUGCCAAUUCCGGUGCCGGAGGUGCGAUCGAGCAAUCGUCUACGUCAUCUUCGUCCUCUGGUGGCACGAAGCAUGGGAAAUCCUCGUCUAAAUCCACCUCGAACGCUACGGCAACCGAUGAUGGUAGCAAAUAUAAGCCGAACAAUACACCGGAUGUACACCAUCUGUCGCAACAUUCCUCGCAGCAGCAACAGCAACAGCAGGCGCAGCAUCAGCAGCAGCAACAACAACAGCAACUGUGUCCGUCCCCGUACGACCCAGGAUUGUUGUGCGCGAAAGCGAAUCAGUACCAUCAUCUGUCCUCCGCUCAGAUAGUCCAGCAUCCUCAUCAGCUUGCUCAGCAACACCACCAACAGCAGCAGCAGCAGCAGCAACAGCAUCAACAGCAGCAUCAACAUCAUCAACAUCAGCAACAGCAACACCACCAGCAGCAACACCAACAUCAGCAGCAACAACAGCAUGCCCAGCAACAGCACACCCAACAACAGCAGCACAAAUCGAUCCAGAAGGGCAAGAAUGACAACUCCGCCAACAAGCUGAACGAUUCAUCGUGCAUGGUUGCCGGUGCGGCAAAGUCCUCUCCGACGGUACCCGAUCCGGCCGCAUCCUGUCACGCAUCGGUACAGCAAACGAUGCACCUGAUGGGUAAUGCCGCCGGUCAAAAAGCUGGCGGUUUCCCGGGCGAGACCGACCUGCACGGUGAUGGGGCAACGGGUGCGCCGCCGGACAUGAAGCAGCAGGGUGGCACUCCGGGUGCGGGCAGUGAACAUUCCAUCGGUGUGUACACGCCGGAAUCGACGACGUCGAACUCGGUGCAGAGUUUGCAUCAGUACGGUCAGUGCGAUAUAGACGUAAGCCAGUUGGGAUUGGAAUCACCGGCGAGCAUAGCGAGCGACGUAACAUCCCAGAACUCGGCCGAUGCGAUCCGACCACCGAGCGUAGUGUCGCAGCAUGGCGGCACAAUCGGAGGACCAUAUUCGGACUGUUCCGUGCAUCAGCAGCAGCAGCAACAGUUGCAACAGCAGCAUCAAUCACAAAUGCACAUGGCCAUGCAUACGCAUGUGCCGGAAACGAGUCCACAGCAUCCUCCGCAGCAGAUGACAAUAAUAGCCAACAAUAGUGGCGGUAGCGGCGGUGUUGCCGCGAGUGGCGGUGGUUCCGCUAACGGAGGCAGUAGUCGCGGGAAGCAACAUCCGUCGCAGCAACAUCUCGGUCAGCAGCAGCAGAUAGCACACGGUGGAAAUAGUGGCACGGGUCGGUCACAGCGAGCGUCCACACCGAAAGUGAGCCGCAAUACGCCAACACCCGGUGCGCAGCAGGCGCGUCAUCAAAGCCGAACUACUCCACCGGUGGUUAGUAACGUGAUUCAACCGAUCGUAAGCCCCGGCCAUCAUCAACAGCAGCAGCAGCAACACCAGCAACAGCAGCAGCAACAGGCAGCAAUGCAAGCGGCAUCAUUGAAUCAGCAGCAGCAGCAACAACACCAGCAACAGUUGGCGCUCCAGCAGCAGAUGCACCAAACGUACAGUACCAUCACCGGGCAGUCGCUUAACCACCAAGCGCACGGACAGAACAUGCAUCAGGCUGCGGCAAGUAGCGGUUACCUGGGUGGCCAGCUGACACUGCCCGGGCAGGCCCCACCCUAUCCGCAAUCACCGACAUCGUACGGUAGUGUAAUCCAGCACCGUAUGUCCAACAACCACACACCGGCCAGUUUGCACAGCCCGCACCAGCGCCUGGGAGCAUCACCCGUUUCAUCGUGUGCCGUAUCGUCGGCCAACAACUUUUACGUGCAGCAGCAGCAACAGUCCGGUGGUGUAACUCACCCCGGUUCGCAUACACCGAUCCCGCAGGCACCGACACCGGCUCCAACGCCAACACCAACACCGACCCCGCAGCUUGAACCUCAGUCCUGUCAGGGCGGUCCCCCCGGUGGUACGGGUCAGCAGCUUCAGCAGCAAGGCCCCCAAAUAUCCUGUCUCUCCAAGCUGCAGCAGCUCACGACGAACGUGGACAUCUGCAACUCACCCGUCACGCCACCCCCGUCCGCCCAUCACGCGACCCAUUCUCAUGCGGGUGGAAGCGGGGCACCUAGUUCCAAUCCAUCGGCUGGCGGUAUGGUGGCGGCACAAAAUGUAGUCCGCAACAUAUCGACGCCCCCGGUAUCGAUCCAUUCGGCCCAGAUGUCCACGAUCAACUAUCACAAAUACUACACGGGCAACAUGAACAUGCCGACGAUCGCACAAAAUGCAGUCGCGGCGGCUGCCGUAGCUGGUGCUGCCCGACGCAAUGCGGCGGCUGCUUCGACCGCCCAAAUACAGCACAUGGCCGCUGCGGCAAACCGGUCCAGCAGCGUGAGUCCGAAUGUGGCCAUCAGCACCAACCUGAUGUCGCCGUACGGUUCAUUGAAUGGGUACCGGAUGACGACGGCCGGUCAGUCACCGGGGACCGGUGGAUACAUUGGCAAUCCGGCCGCGGGUUUCAUCCAGAACUCGGCCCAGCUUGGGCCGGUACAGAUGGGCGUGAUGAACAUGCAGUCGCAGUACCAGGACCCGAGUGCCAUUCAGCGAGCCCAACAGAAUUCGAUGUAUUCGUCGUAUUCGGCCUAUCUGCCUCCCAUGAGGCGCUAG